CCAGCCCUUCAAGUUCUCGAUCUUGGAGAUCUGCGACCGCAUCAAAGAGGAAUUCCAGUUUCUCCAGGCUCAGUACCACAGCCUCAAGCUGGAAUGUGAGAAGCUGGCCAGUGAGAAGACAGAAAUGCAACGCCAUUAUGUCAUGUACUACGAGAUGUCCUACGGGCUCAACAUUGAAAUGCACAAGCAGGCCGAGAUUGUGAAGCGUCUCAGUGGGAUCUGUGCUCAGAUUAUCCCUUUCCUGACCCAGGAGCAUCAACAGCAGGUGCUACAGGCCGUGGAGCGGGCCAAGCAGGUGACCGUGGGGGAGCUGAACAGCCUCAUCGGGCAGCAGCAGCUCCAACCGCUGUCCCAUCAUGCCCCCCCUGUGCCCCUCACCCCUCGCCCUGCUGGCCUGGUGGGCAGCAGUGCCACGGGGCUGCUGGCCCUGUCUGGAGCACUGGCUGCCCAGGCUCAGCUGGCUGCGGCCGCCAAGGAAGACCGGGCAGGUGGGGAGGCCGAAGGACCCAGAGUGGAGAGAGCCCCGAGCAGGAGCGCAUCCCCCUCACCCCCUGAGAGUGUAGGGGAAGAGGAGCGACCAGGUGGCCCGGGGGGCAGCGGGAAGCAGCGAGCUGAGGACAAGGAUCUGUCCGGACCCUAUGAGAGUGACGAAGACAAGAGCGAUUACAACCUGGUGGUGGACGAGGACCAACCCUCGGAGCCCCCCAGCCCAGCUACCACCCCAUGUGGAAAGGCACCCAUCUGUGUCCCCGCCCGUCGGGACCUCGUGGACAGUCCGGCCUCCUUGGCCUCCAGCCUCGGCUCCCCACUCCCCAGAGCCAAGGAGCUUGUCCUGAACGACCUUCCCACCAGCACUCCUGCCCCCAAGUCCUGCGACUCAUCCCCGCCCCAGGAUGCGUCCACCCCCGGGCCCAGCACAGCCGGUCACCUCCGCCAGCUUGCGGCCAAGCCAGCGCCUUGCACGGACAGCGUCGCCCUGAGGAGCCCCCUGACACUGUCCGGUCCCUUCACCACGUCCUUCAGCCUGAGCUCCCACAGCACCCUUAAUGGGGACCUCUCUGUGCCCAGCUCCUACGUUAGCCUCCACCUGUCCCCCCAGGUCAGCGGCUCUGUAGUGUAUGGACGGUCCCCCAUGAUGGCAUUUGAGUGUCACCCACAUCUCCGGGGGUCGUCCAUCUCCUCCUCCCUGCCCACUAUCCCUGGCGGAAAGCCGGCCUACUCCUUCCACGUGUCUGCCGAUGGGCAGAUGCAGCCGGUGCCCUUCCCCUCGGACGCGCUGGUGGGCGUGGGCAUCCCGCGGCACGCGCGGCAGCUGCACACGCUGGCGCACGGCGAGGUGGUGUGCGCGGUCACCAUCAGCGGCUCCACGCAGCACGUGUACACGGGCGGCAAGGGCUGCGUCAAAGUGUGGGACGUGGGGCAGCCGGGCGCCAAGACGCCGGUGGCGCAGCUCGACUGCCUGAACCGGGACAACUACAUUCGUUCCUGCAAGCUGCUGCCGGACGGCCGGAGUCUGAUCGUGGGCGGCGAGGCCAGCACCUUGUCCAUCUGGGACCUGGCGGCGCCCACCCCGCGCAUCAAGGCGGAGCUGACCUCCUCGGCCCCCGCCUGCUACGCCCUGGCGGUCAGCCCCGACGCCAAGGUCUGCUUUUCCUGCUGCAGCGAUGGCAACAUCGUGGUCUGGGACCUGCAGAACCAGACCAUGGUCAGCCGCCUGGGCCCUUCUCCCUGCAGGCAGUUCCAGGGCCACACCGACGGUGCCAGCUGCAUCGACAUUUCCGACUAUGGCACUCGGCUCUGGACCGGGGGCCUGGACAGCACGGUGCGCUGCUGGGAUCUUCGGGAGGGCCGCCAGCUGCAGCAGCACGACUUCAGCUCCCAGAUCUUCUCCCUGGGCCACUGCCCUAACCAGGACUGGCUGGCGGUGGGCAUGGAGAGCAGCAACGUGGAAGUUCUGCACGUCCGCAAGCCUGAGAAGUACCAGCUGCACCUUCACGAGAGCUGUGUGCUCGCCCUCAAAUUCGCCUCCUGCGGACGCUGGUUCCUGAGCACCGGGAAGGACAACCUGCUCAACGCCUGGAGGACGCCGUAUGGAGCCAGCAUUUUCCAGUCCAAGGAGUCAUCCUCCGUGCUGAGCUGUGACAUCUCGGGAAAUAACAAGUACAUUGUGACAGGCUCAGGGGACAAGAAGGCUACCGUGUACGAGGUGGUCUACUGAGACCCCCCAUCUUCCUGCACCCCUAGCCCCGCUCCUGGGGGAGGGGCAUCCUGGACAGAGAC